GCAUCGGUUGCAGAUGGACGUGCCAUCUGCAAUUAUUGUAUAAUUUUCACAAUACAGUCUAUAAAUCUGUGUCAGAAUAAAUUUGUGUCAGCGUAUGUCCGUCAUGCACGCUUUGACACGCUUACUAAGUGUUACAGUGUUGUUUACUGAAUUGUAACAAAACAAUGGAUAGUCCCUUCAAUAGAAGUACAAUGACUAGCCGAAGCCCGCCUCCACCGCAGAGAAGAUCAACUGAGGGAGCUUCAACCCCCACACCAUCAGUCGUCGAGGUUGUAUCAACCCAUGAAAUCCAGCAAUGGAUAUCAUCCAUUGAACUAUGCCUUAACGAAAUAUGCAAUGUAUCAGCAGAAGGCAAACUGAACUCGGACCAGAAACUGAGAAUCAGCAACAACAGCAGAAAAGUGAUAAGCGGCGUGUCUCAACUAGCUGUGCAAUAUCAGUCCUUGAAACAAAAAUACAUAUCAGCUCAAACAAUCAUCAAUACUUUAACUGAACAAAGGGAGUCAUCUGCCCAACUAGAAGAUCAGAUCGAGGAUCUAAAAGCCUGCAUUCGCUCUGCCCCAAAGGCACAACAACCGAACGUAUCUUUUGCUGACGUAGUGAGAACAAGUAAGAGCACUAUAGCAAGACCACCAAGCACCAGUAGUAUAGCCGUUUACCCAGCAAGCAAGGAUAAAACGAGCGAAGAGACAAAGGAACUAAUUCAGUCAAUCAUCAAGCCGAACGAAUUGAAACUUCAUAUCCGAGGGAUGAGAAAAACCAGGGGAGGAGGUAUUAUAAUCAGCGCUGAAGGCAAAAAUGAUCUUGAGAAGCUGAGAAAGUCAGAACUUCUGAAAACUUCAGGUCUCAAAGUCGAAGAGUCCACGAAACGGAAGCCUAAGGUGAUAUUGCUAGGAGUACCCACCAAUACAACAGACAAGGACGUUUUUCAAUGUCUGUAUGAGCAAAACAUCGCGGGUAAAUAUCAACACAUGGACCACAGUAAGUUCUCAAGCUCCAUAAAACUGAGCCACAAAACUGGCAAAAAAGACGGUCCCUACUGCAAUUAUGUCUUAGAACUCACCUCUGAACUAAGAAAAAUCCUCAUAGAACAGGAGAGAGCCUACAUAAAUUGGACCUCUUGCCCAGUCAGAGACUACACACUUGUAACCAGAUGUUACAAGUGUCAACAAUAUGGACACUCGGCGAAGUUUUGUAGAGAAUCAUCGUCCACCUGCGGGCACUGUGGCUUGCGCUGGGCAUUCAAUCAAAGAAUGCUCAAAAUUAGAAGAACCUGCGACCUGUGCCACGUGCCGGCGUUUUAACAAACCAAGCCAGCAUAAAACGGGAGAAGAGAGCUGCCCUGCCAGGAAAAUCGCUGAAGCAAGAUACUUAAGUUCAAUUGACUAUGAGGGCGCCUAGAGCGCCACAAAGGCCAGUAUAGGCAGGACAAGGAUGGGUAAAGUAACUCUUGAUUUAUAUAACGAAUUAGAUUCUUCGUAUGAGUAUGAAUCACGAAUAUGUGACCCUCACUCGUGUUCCUCGUACAUUAGUAAUAUUAAGCAUAGUCAUAAUA